AUGGCGCCGGAGGCGGUGGAGAAGAGUCCCCUGCCUCCGCCGCCCCCGAGAGAGACUUUGGCAACUAAGGAACUCGAAGCUGCCGCAGGGGGCAAAGGGGGCCCCGACUUGAAGUCCCGGACCCCUUCCCCACACCCUCAGGGGCCAAUGGCGCGGAUGGCUGGCAAAGUAGAUCCUCUAUGGAUCCUGAGAAAAUGGGGGCUGGGGGGCCGUUCACAGAAGUGGUGCCGGGCUCUAGGACCCAGCGGGCAAGUACGCCCGCCUUGCGUUUACACCUCCCCCAAGCCGCCCCCUUCCCCCCACCCAUCUUUCAAGCUCCCCCUCCUUCCCCUCUCGCCCCGGCUCCCGGAGCCCGUCUCUAGCGCCGCCGGAGCCAAAGAGGGAGCCGGAGCGAACAGGAGGAGGUGGAGGCCACGUCGCCGCCGCUCGGAGCCCGGCCGGAGCCUCCUAGGCAGGUACAUGGUUCGGGUCCGAGCUGUGGUGAUGGCCCGAGAUGACUCCAGUGGGGGCUGGCUGCCUGUGGGGGGCGGGGGCCUCAGCCAGGUGAGCGUAUGUCGGGUCCGAGGGGCCAGGCCCGAGGGGGGGGCCCGCCAGGGGCACUACGUCAUCCACGGGGAGCGACUCCGGGACCAGAAAACCACCUUGGAAUGUACCCUGAGGCCAGGCUUGGUUUACAACAAGGUGAACCCCAUCUUCCAUCACUGGAGCCUGGGUGACUGCAAGUUUGGGCUGACGUUUCAGAGUCCUGCAGAAGCUGAUGAAUUUCAGAAGAGCCUGCUGGCAGCACUGGCUGCCCUGGGUCGAGGCUCGCUUACCCCCUCCUCCUCCUCUUCCUCCUCCCCUUCCCAGGACACGGCAGAGACUCCCUGCCCCCUGACGUCCCACGUCGACAGCGACUCCUCCUCCAGUCACAGCCGCCAGGAGACGCCUCCCACCACUGCUGCGGAGGCCCCCGUGGUCACUGUGGAGUCAGCUUCUGGCUUCGGGCCGGCCACGCCGCCCCAGCUCCGACGCUCCCCUGCUCAGAGCUACCCUCCGCUCCUACCGUUCACGGGAUUUCCGGAGCCCGCAGAGCCCUCGGCCGGGGCAGGGGGCCUGGGCUGGGGCGGCCGUGGCUAUGAGGAUUACCGGCGCACCGGGCUGCCCGCGCCCCUCACCCUGUCCACCUGCGUCGUUCGCUUUGCCAAGGCUGGCGCGUUGAGGGGUGCAGCCAUGGGACCCCCAGCCGCCCUACCUGCCCCUCUCCCAGAGGCUGGGCCCCCGGCGCCAGCCAAGGCCUCCCCCGAGGCCGAGGCGGCGGCGCGUUGUGUGCACUGCCGCGCGCUCUUCCGCCGCCGAGCAGACGGGCGCGGAGGCCGCUGCGCCGAGGCCCCAGACCCGGGCCGCUUGCUGGUGCGCCGUCUCAGCUGCCUGUGGUGUGCAGAGAGCUUGCUCUACCACUGCCUGUCGGACGCCGAGGGCGACUUCUCGGACCCGUGUGCCUGCGAGCCGGGCCACCCACGGCCCGCCGCGCGCUGGGCCGCGCUGGCCGCCCUGUCGCUGGCGGUGCCCUGCCUCUGCUGCUACGCGCCCCUGCGCGCCUGCCACUGGGUUGCAGCGCGAUGCGGCUGCGCCGGCUGCGGGGGUCGCCACGAGGAGGCUGCACGGUGA